AUGUUCCAGAGUGCGGUGAUCCACGACGAGUUCGAAUUCACCGGUCACAACUCCGCGCUUGGGGCGGUGUGCUACAACCGGCAUCAGGACACCUUCGUGUCGGUAGACGAAACAUGUUUGAGGCUUUGGCGCGCUCACACUGGCGGCCAACUACGCGUCGUGAGUCUCCCGGCCCGUACAUCUCGAUUCAUCCAGGCCAUCGCAUACAUCGACGCUCGCCAACUCUUUGUGGCUUCGGCACUUGAUGGAGCUCUGCGGUUGUACGAUCCAAACCUCAACGAACUCGCAGCUCUCUUCACAGGUCGGGGCACCGUUCUCAGUAUGGCCUUCGAUGGCCAACAUAAUCGACUGCUCUGUGGGGGCGUGGACGGCUGUACAGCGUGGCAGAUCAAGCCACGACCGUCGGGUAUGCCGGAAGGAGCUCUCAAUGCUCACUACGAAUUUACCCAUCUGCCAAAGUUCUUCCACGGCACUGUCGUUACCAAUUCAGGUCGUAAUAGACCGCAGACCAAGUCACCUAAAGACUCAUUGGGUCGUGCAGAAUGGGUGGAACGCCUUCAACUUGGUCCUGAGAGCACACGGUUGUAUGCACAGACUAGACACUGUAUCGACGUCUUCAAUACGGUCGACGGGGCUCAUCUCGAACGCUGGGACGACCUGUUUCCAGCAGAACACGGCACCUUGACAGCCUUCGUUGUCCAAGAACGCGCCAAGUAUCUCGUUUGCGGCACCAGCAGUGGCGCUAUCAUUGUGGUCUCGCUUCACCCCAAUUCGAUCGUCCACGUUUUCAAGGAUCAUACCCAGACAGUCACAAGUCUGACGGAGCACGCAGCGUCUCGUCUCGUGAUAUCGAGCUCUCUUGACGGUUCUGUGAGACUGUGGGACCUCGAGGCACGCCGUCAAGCACACCGUCUCAACGUUGGCCACAGUGUACAUGCGUUGCGAUUGCUAGCUCCUGCGAGUUCUCGCGCAUCGGAGCUGCCCGGUCGGUUCUGUUGCCAGCUUCGCAACACCGUCAAGAUCUACAACAUCUUGUCUAUUCUGAAAGAACACCAGCCGUGCCAAGUGCCCGUCUGCAUACUGCAGCGCGUAGUGUUCCCUGUGAAAGGUCUGAGUAAAGGACGUCUUCAAAAUGGAGUCAGUGACAAGAAUGAGAACGAAAGCUUCGACUCAGAUGAUGAUGAACACAACUCAGCAAAAACUAAACAAUUGGUUCUGCUUGUCUGUAUGGAUAAAACGAUCCGCGUGUUUACUGGGCGCAUGCAGAACGAAGCGCCUAGCUUCACGUGGAUCCCAGACGAACAAGCCCUCGACCUUGUAGCAUUCGCUCUUCAUCCUGUAUCGCAGCACUUGUUUCUACUUCUAAGCAGCCAGAAGUUGCUCAUUGUGAAUGCAUCUCCCCGUCGACACACUGGAAAUUCCGCAGAUGAUGGCAACAAUGAUGGAAUCGAACUGCAGGAAGACGCAGAAGCCACAACAAGUAGCAUAGAACGCGUCAUUGAUCUCAACUCGCCCACGGUCGCUAGUGAACCUGGUGGAAUCAGCGCACGAAGCUCCCUGAAAGGAAACAACUCCGAAACUCUCGAAAGCUCCAACUUUACUGGUAAUCGAAGCAACAGUACCGAUACAGCUCUGCGUUGCAUUUGUGUAUGCCCAUUUCCACCAGUUUUUAGUGCUGUACCAUCGGACCGUCCACAAGCAAGAACCGGGAGAUCAGCGCGACAUCGCCGGCAGUCCAACUUUGGCUCUGCCGGGGCUCCAGUGCCAUCCGUACCACCGCUUCUACGUCGUAACGCUCUAAUUCACUCCGAGUGGGAAUGGAUAGCGUGCGGCAGCGACUUUGGGCAGCUACUUUUCUGGCAUACAGGUCUGCGUGGAGGACGCGAGGCCGCGCUAACGCUUGACGCACACGACGCUCCUAUUGUGGAUAUUAGCGCUAGUGCUUCUUCUCCUCUGCUAGUAACUUUGGAUGAUGCUGGUCGAGUGCAUCUGUGGAGUCUUCAACCGGAGUUUGCGCUGCGUAACGUGCUUGAACUCGGGCAACCGCCGACGGUAUUCGCGUUAUCGCCACUCUCUGAGCUCAUUUUAAGCGGCUACGACGAUGGUCGCGUUGUUUUGCACGCGAUAGGCUACCAAGCUGCAAGCGUUGAAGCGUUCAUGGGCGCAGAUGACCACCACAAUACUACUGUGAGCGCCGGGGACUUUCUAGAUGAAAAGAAUAUGAUAUUGACUGUAAGUGUCGACGCUAUUGUCAAAGUUUGGGACCAACAGCGAGUUCUGCUUCGUCAAGUGACGUUGGCCACGGCAAUUGGUAGUUUAUGUUUCCUCAAUGCUGACGGUGAUUUAUUGGCUGGACUUACAAAAGGAACUUUUUUCAUCUCGAAACGCGAUAUAUUACCCGAUAAAAUACCAAAACCAUCUCCACGACGGCGGAUUCAGGAUACGGCUCACGAUACAAAAAUUGAAGUGACCAAUCAACUGGAAAAUGUUUCAAACGCCCCAGCGCUCGAACCGGUACUUUCGAAUCAGGAAAUUGCAACGAUUGAGGUUCCCGUGCCUGCAAAUACAGUUUUACCACCACCGCAGAAGAUUAUCUUGCCUAUUAGACCGCCAGACCCCGAGACAUCGGCGAAACAACUUUUUGCACACGUCAUCCGGCGACCCGUUGAAGCUGCGAAUCUGCGACCGCCUGUGCUGCGUAGUCUCAAGUUUUCAAGGAUGCCUUCCAGCGGUCUAGGUAUCUUCAACAAUAACAGUCAGGCCACCCCACUGGUUCCCGCUUUAACAAAUAGGAUAAAGUCGAAUGACUCCGCCACGGACCAACAGGAGGAGGACUGGCGUGAUAAAAUUCUGUGA